CAAAGUUAAGAAGCGACAAGUAUAAACAGGAGAGAGGAAGAUACACCCAGAGCUGUGAGUUGUACACAACCAGCUGAAAGAAUAAUUAACUCUUAAUCACCUCUUAAUCCAUAAACUAAUAAUGUAUACACAUAAUUAUAAAAGCCAUCCCAUUUCUGAGAAACUUCUCUCUGUGUAUGCGGCCUUCUCUUUCUCUCGUUCUUAAUUCUACUUUAUCAUCACAAUAAUGGGAAACACAUCUUCAUGCGCACCAUUGAUCACAUCAUCAGGAGUAGUCAAAAUCUUAUCUCCUUUCACCGGAACGCUCGACGUUUUCCCAAAGCCCAUCAAAACUUCAGAUAUCGUCUCUCAAAACUCAGGUCAAUUUAUCACGGACUCGACACUCCUCCAAAUAGGCCACCGAGUCACCGCCGUUUCUCCUGACGAGUUGUUGCGGCCGAGACGACAUCUCUACCUUCUCCUUCCGACAGACAUGCUCUUCUCUGUCUUAACACACGAAGAACUCGCUCUCAUCUCCGAGAAAGCAGCAGAGAUACUCAAAGAAAGUCGGUAUAACCAUUUGAAGAGAGUAUUCCCUGUUUGUAUGUUUCCAGUGUCGGGAGACAGAAGAAGAAACUCAUCAUCGAGUAAUGAAGAUGAUCAUCAUCAUCAUGGUGUGGAAAUAAGAGACACUCUUGAAGAGAAGGUGCUAUGCGAAUUGAACUAUGGAUCUUGGAGACCUGGAUUGGAGACGAUCGUCGAGAGCUAAUGAGUAAAAUCUCGAGGAUCGUUACAUACUUUAAUAGAUUAUUAAUUAUAGAAGAUUAUUUUGUUGUUCUUUAUUUUUGUUUCCUUGAUUUUUUGUCCGAGUUUAAAGAAAAAAUUAGGCUUAUAUAAAUGAAUAUAUUCACGAUAUAUUGAAUCUUAGUUGGAAUCAUUGGUUAACUCUAUAUUGGAAAGACAAGAAAAAACUAUACACUGGAAGUAUAGAGAUUGGCAUGAGCUAGAGCUUGUAUGUAUCUCUCUAUUUUAACUUUUAAGAACAAGUAAUUUAGUAGUUUCAUUGAAAGAAAAUCAGAUUCCUAAUAAAAGAGAUUACGUAUUUUGAGAUAACCGUACUUGCAAGUAACCGACUUUGGCUGCAUAGUGUUUCUUUAGUAUUAACCCGACAGUUAUAAUGAGUCUGGAUGUUUCUUUUUCCAUCGGAUAAAAAGGAUAAAGGUCAACAAAGACGCUGGUUUCUGGUAAACCAGAUUUUAGGUACAACUAUUUUGGUACGUAUAUAUUUAUAUACAUCUAAGUUUAAAUUAAUAUAGGCUUGAGAAUGUUAAUGGAACCACACGCACAUACUCUCUGAAUAUAAAAG